GGCUUGUUGAAAACUAAGUGGGGAAGUGAGAACGGGGACGCGCGGCGUCGUGGUGGGGGAAGCGAGUGAUAAAAGCAGUAUCUUGAGCUGAAAGGCAACCACACCUCACUAAAGAAAUGGAGUAGAAAGUGGCUUGACGAUUCCGCAGGCUGCUGCAAAGGGGAUCUCCGGGAGACCACGGGGAAGCCCCCGCAGGGGGGCGCACGCGAAGGUCUGACACUUCGCGGCUCCCAGCUGAGCGAAGCGCAAAACUGCGGAGCUGAGUGCCCGGGCGUCCUCCAGUGCACUUACUGCUUUCUCCCGCUCCGGGCUCUUCGUCCUCCCCGGGUCUCCCCCCACCGCUCUCCCCGAUUGCCCCCGGCUCUCCCCGGCUCCACUCAGCGCCGGCACCCCGGGCCCCUGCGCGCUCCGCGCGGCGCGUCACUGCGCGGCCGGCCUCCGCGCGCCUCCCUCCUCCCUCCUCUCCGGCUCUGCGCGAUCCGGCCGGGGGAGGCGGGGAAGCCGCCGGAGCGCGACCGCCACGGCAGCCACCCUGCAGCCGCCAGUCGGAGGUGCAGUCCGUAGGCCCCGGAGCCCGGGCGGGCCCUUGGGGAGUCGGCGCCACUCCCGGGGAGCUGUGAGGCUCGCUCAUGCCCGGACCUGAGGGUGCGGUAGGCGCAGAGGAGAUUCCUGGUCAUCUUGGAAGAGUCCGUAUCAUGGAAUCGAUCUCUAUGAUGGGAAGCCCUAAAAGCCUUAGUGAAACUUUUUUGCCUAAUGGCAUAAAUGGUAUCAAAGAUGCAAGGAAGGUUACUGUAGGUGUCAUUGGAAGUGGGGAUUUUGCAAAAUCCUUAACCAUUCGACUUAUUAGAUGUGGAUAUCACGUGGUCAUUGGAAGUAGAAAUCCUAAAUUUGCUUCUGAAUUUUUUCCUCAUGUGGUAGAUGUCACCCACCAUGAAGAUGCUCUAACAAAAACGAAUAUAAUAUUUGUUGCUAUCCAUAGAGAACACUACACCUCCCUAUGGGACCUGAGACAUCUGCUUGUGGGUAAAAUCCUGAUUGAUGUAAGCAAUAACAUGAGGGUAAACCAAUACCCAGAAUCCAAUGCUGAAUAUUUGGCUUCAUUAUUCCCAGAUUCCUUGAUUGUCAAAGGAUUUAAUGUUGUCUCAGCUUGGGCACUUCAGUUAGGACCAAAGGAUGCCAGCCGGCAGGUUUAUAUAUGCAGCAACAAUAUUCAAGCUCGACAACAGGUCAUUGAACUUGCCCGUCAGUUGAAUUUCACGCCCAUUGACUUGGGAUCCUUAUCAUCAGCCAGAGAGAUUGAAAAUUUACCCCUGCGAUUAUUUACUCUCUGGAGAGGGCCAGUGGUGGUAGCCAUAAGCUUGGCCACCUUUUUCUUCCUUUAUUCCUUUGUCAGAGAUGUGAUACAUCCAUAUGCAAGAAACCAGCAGAGUGACUUUUACAAGAUUCCUAUUGAAAUUGUGAAUAAAACUUUGCCCAUAGUUGCCAUCACUUUGCUGUCCCUGGUGUACCUAGCAGGUCUCCUGGCGGCCGCUUAUCAGCUUUAUUACGGCACCAAGUAUAGAAGAUUCCCGCCUUGGUUGGAGACCUGGUUACAGUGUAGAAAACAGCUGGGAUUACUAAGUUUUUUCUUUGCUGUGGUCCAUGUUGCGUAUAGCCUCUGCUUACCAAUGAGAAGGUCAGAGAGAUACUUGUUUCUCAACAUGGCUUAUCAGCAGGUUCAUGCAAAUAUUGAAAACUCGUGGAACGAGGAAGAAGUUUGGAGGAUUGAAAUGUAUAUCUCCUUUGGCAUAAUGAGCCUUGGCUUACUGUCUCUCCUGGCCGUCACCUCUAUCCCCUCAGUGAGCAAUGCAUUAAACUGGAGAGAGUUCAGUUUUAUUCAGUCUACACUUGGAUAUGUCGCUCUGCUCAUAAGUACUUUCCAUGUUUUGAUUUAUGGAUGGAAACGGGCUUUUGAAGAAGAGUACUACAGAUUUUAUACACCACCAAACUUUGUUCUUGCUCUUGUUUUGCCCUCAAUUGUAAUUCUGGGUAAGAUCAUUUUACUCCUACCAUGUAUAAGCCGAAAGCUAAAACGAAUUAAAAAAGGCUGGGAAAAGAGCCAAUUUCUAGAAGAAGGUAUUGGAGGAACGAUUCCUCAUCUCUCCCCAGAGAGGGUUACGGUCAUGUGAUGUGAAGUGGCGCUCACAGCUGCCAUAUAAAGUUCUACUCAUGCCAUUAUUUUUGCCACUUCUUCUGUGUUUGGUUGCAAGCGUGCUGUCAAAUUACUGUGGGUAGAAACUUGUUAAAUGAAAUUUCAACGGAAUUGGUAAUAAAAUAUUCUUCAAGUUAAUUUUCACAAAUGUCAUGUUUUGACAAUAUGAUUUAUGUAGUCAACAUGCUGUUGAAAGUUGGGAAUUUUUUGUUUUGUUUUGCACAACUGUAACAGUGUUAUUAUUUUAACUAUAUUUCAUAAUCAGGAAAAAAUAAUAGUUAAUAAUAUAGAUAUAACAUAAUGUUAAAAACAAUUUGCAAACCAGCAGAAUUUUAAGCUUUUAAAGUAAUUCAAUAGAUAUAUGUUUUAUCUUGAAACUUAAGUAAAGUUUUAGUUAUUAUCCAAUUUAAGAAAUAGAGAUGCAUAAUCAUACAUUUGUUUUCAAGAAAGGACACAUCUAUUAGCCUCUAGGUAAGGGUGCAUGGCAACGUUCCCAUAUUUGUCUCAGAAGAUAGGUUUUGAGGAAUGUAAUUAAUUGUACAAAGUAAGGUGAUUAUAUGAACAAAUACAAAUUAAAAACUCAAACCUGAAAUUAUGUUUAAAAUACAUUGAAGACAUCAAAUACAUAUUUAUAAUGCAAAUGAAAUUUUAUUUUUUGUCAUGUUACAAAGCAGCUUCAUUUUCAAAUUAAUAUUUUGACAAGGGAGAGGUUAUAUUUGGCCUCCAAAACUGCUAUCUCUAAUAUAGUACCAAUCCUGGGAAUUGUAUAAUUAUUCCUAUUUGGAGCAAAAGUAUCAAGUUUAUACAAAGAUAGCUGUCAGCUGAUCCAUAUCGUUAAGCUUAGCUAGUGACUUCUCUCUGUGGUAUGGGAUUUUACUGAUGUUCAUUGAGAGAUUAUAAGGUGCCAGGCAUGGCUCUAAGUACUUUACUUGCUAGAUAGUUAUCGUGUUCAUUUUACAUCUGAGAGACUGAAGGCUAGAAAAGUAAUUUGCCCCAAGUCACACGACUAAUAGUGGCAGAGUGAGUGUGUAAGUCCUGGUAGUAUUAUUCCAGAGCCCGUGGUUUUAACCACUAGGCAAUACAGCUCCUGCUCCAUCUCCAUCCGUUAGGGUCUUGAUGCCAACCUGGAUGUUGCUUCUUUUGUAUAAAGCCAUGACAUUCUUUAGAGUGGGAUGUAUGUAUCCAAAAGAUGUAUGAAAAUAUUACAAUCAUAGUAUUAUUGCUUGUGGAGUAAUCCAUAGCUACUUACCCCAUUCAAACCUGGAACAUGAGCCUGGAAACACAUGGCAGUCCAUACGCCUUCCUGUGCAGUGACAGACUCAAGCAGAAAGAGGACCAGAGCAGUGUUAAUGAAUUUUUUUUUUUAAUUUCUGUAGAGCUGGUCAUCUCCUUGUCUCUUCCUGAGCAGUCCUCCUGCCUAUACAAUCACUCUAGAGCAGUUUACAAGCAUAAAAUAUUGAGAUAUUAGGAUAUUAGGAUAAGAGGCUGAUUAUAAAUAUCCUAUAUUAGGAUAAGGGGCUGAUUAUAAAUCUAUUCUGGAGACAUACACUCAUACAGAUUACUCAUAAAAUUUUUCAUUUUAUGGAAUGUUGGCAUUCCACAUUUAAAUUUCAUUUUGUUCAAACCUUAGAACAGUAGUUAGAGUGGUCUACAUACCUCUCAUUUGCUCUUUUCUUAUUGAAAUAGAAAGUUGCAGAGAAGAUACAAUUCUAUGCAUUCCUCUUCCUAAACAUUUCUAAACUUACCCACUGAGGUAGUACUGAAUUUAGCUGCUGAAGAUAAAAAGGCUUUUAUUUAGUGGACGCUGCUUUCCCACCAAUGGCUCUUUUCCUACUACUGCCUUGCCAGUUUGGUAAAUCACUCAUGAUUCUUCAAUGUUCUCUUCUUGGCGAAUUUUAGUAUGUUAUACUUUCUCAGUGAGUGCUCCGUUUUCUUUAUUUUAAUUAUAUUUUUCCCCUCUCGGUAAUCACUUGUUAAUUUUUUCAUAGGAUUUCAGUUGGGUGGUAAUAACUUUUUAACUAAGCAUACUAGUAAAAUGAACCAGUGAAAAUAACAGCAUAUUUUUGAUAUUUUCUUGUUCCUUAAAUUUCGCUUUCCUAAGACCAGGCUUCAGCCAUUUAAUGUGAAAAUAUGAAAUAUUUCUAAAAGUGAGAUGACUGUUGAAGUAUAUAUUUUGCACAUGUAUAUUAAGUAGCCAAUAAAAUAAAUAAAAUUAUCCCUAUUACUGAUAGUGAUAAAUGGGGCCUUUGAAAAUAUGAAAACCAAACUUUUAUGAAAAUGUAUAAAAGAUGCAACUGUUGUGUCAAAUGGCAAAUUUCUUUUCAGUACUAUAAAAUUGGAAUAAUGUCAAAAUUUUAGAAUAAAUAUAUUCAUUAUAAUUCUAAAUGUUUAAAAGCCUUUCUAAAAUGCAAAACCAUUGACUUUUAAUUGGUUUAUUUUCUCAUGUGAUUCUGUUUCCUUAUUAUUUUUUUUAAUUAUUUUUCUGACUUUUGGCCUCAGAAGUAGGACUGAAUUCUGCGAUUGCUAGACGUGAGAAAGUGGUGACGGGAACUUUACAACAGUACAAAUUUGUUUCUUGGUCUGUGUUUUCAAAAGUGCCCCUAGAAAGUUAUAAGAAUGUAGAAAAUAUACACAGUCAUAAUCCUGUGCAAAAGAAAAAUCAAGCAAUUUUUUUUCUUAUAAGGAAAAAACCAUGAGCUGUAUCAUGCUACUUAACUUUUGUGUACAGAUUUCAUAUGUCUCCUCUCUUAAGAAUAUUUAAAAUCACAUUUAAAUAUGAAUAUAUUCAUGCUAACAUUAUUUUUCAAAAUAUAUGUGGAAAUUUAGCCCAGAUUGUCUACAUGUGAGAUUUUUAUUUAAAUUUUAAAAUAUUUAAAAGUAUGAAUAAAUUAUAUUUGUAGGUAUUUAUCAGAGAAAAUUAUUUUGUGCUACAUACAGGAUUGGCUAAUGAGUGCUAGUGUUAAACUACUUGAUUAAUAUCUUACAAAUCAACAUACCUUGACUAAAGGCAUUUUACUUUCAAAAUUAAUUUGAUAAUAGUAACUUAAGGUAUAUUCAUACUUACACUAUAUUCAAAUUGCAGAAACCAUUUGUGUAAAAGGGCUUCAAGAGUACAUCAUAUCCAAUUUAUUAUUUAUGUCUUAUGUAAUAUGAUAAAACCUUAAUUCUUUUUAAUUGCUAUUUGCCAUUAAGCUAUUUCAUAAUAAAUUCUAUAUAGAGAUUUCUCCCCCAAAGAGGUUUAUUUAUGAUAAAGUUUCUUAUGUGAUAUUUUAAAGUACCAUAAAUGUAAUUCAUAAAUAUUUCUCUAGGAAUACUAUAACAUUGAACUUAAUUAUAUCUGCCUAUAAAAAUCUUAUUUUGAAAUAAGUAAACAGCCUAAAAUACUGUGUUGAAAUUAUUUUGUAAAUUCAUGACUUAAAGCAGUACACACACCUCAGUCCAGUGUCAAAAUUUAUAUUUGUAAUGUGUUAUCAUGAAAAUGAAAUGUUUCACUCUCAAUUGAAACACUCUCAAAUGUUUCACUCUCAAUAUAAAUUCUGAUAUAUAUUCAGUAUAUGUAAUUAGCUUUAAAUGAAACUGGAAUAACUUUAGUGGAAGCACAAUCUGUUCUUUAAGCCGUGAAUUUUACAAGAAUGAAUAGGUUCUUUUUUUUUUUUUUAGUGUGAGGAAACUAUUAUUCUGUUCAUGAUCUAAAAACUGUUUUGUCAGUCUAAACACACAUAUAUACUGAGUUUCUUUUUUAACUUUCCAAAUCAUUUAAUUUCCAUUGCCCCUUUAUCCAAAAUUACAGCAGACUGUAUGGAUUCUCCUAGGGGCUAAAUUAAAUUACAAAAUGCUUUUGUGUGAUCUUCACAUUUUCCAACUUUAAGAAAGAAUUCUCUGGAGAUUUUCUUUAAAGGUAGCUUGCAGAUAUCCAGCCUGAACGGGGAUUGGAAGUUUUCUGCCGGGGUCUAUCUCCUCUACUUCUUUAAAAGCUACUGCCCAUCAGAUUCCUCAACUGCCCUUGCAACAAGGCAUACAAGUGACUGAGUGGGGGGCAGUGGGAGGACGUCAACUCAAAGACGAGCAGUCUGUGUUCAUAAUCCUCCCUUCAUCUCACUGCUGGGAUUGUGGAUAUACGCUGGGUACACAGAAUCCCUGACAGCUGUCUCCAGAGGAUCAAGGCCAUUAUCCUAAGGAAGGCAGAUCAGAAGACCUUGACUACUUUACUUCGACUGCUUUUUUCAGCAUUUAAGCCAUUGUAAAUCUGGGUUUCUCUGUUACAUGAAGUAAAAACUAAUCCUUGCUGGCCUUCAGUUCUUUGUCAUGAUACCAUUUAACAGUGUUGAAUAAAAUAGACUGCAGUAAUUCUUACCUUUGAAAGCUUUUAAAGGAUAAUGCGCGCUUGAUUUUCCAUUGUUAACUAUACUCAUUUUCUUGCCUUGAUUCUUCAUUAGAUAUUUUGUAUCUGCUUGGAAUAUAUUGUCUUAUUUAUAACUAUGUAACUGAAAUUUACCAAAACUCUGUAAAUCUCCAAAAUACCAUAUCAAGUUACAUGCCAUAGUUUUGUAUCAUUCUCAUAGAUCUGCCUUAUAAACAUUUAAAUAAAAAAGUACU